AUGGCCCACGACGGGCUCGCUCCGCCUCUCGCUCUCUCGGACAUUCUACAUACACUUUCUCCUAGCCCUGCGCCGCAGCAGUUUUCCAACCAACCAUCAACCCCCAGGCCGCCCAGUCCGCCUAGGUCCCCGGAGCCUCUUAACCAGACCCAGAUAGAUUCCAUGAGAGACAGAGUACUCGAAAUAAGAGGCCAAGGGGACAACACGGUAGGGCUAUCAUCUAGGGAGACCGAGCUCGUAAACAUGGUCUUGCGUCUCACAUAUGCCCGUAUACCAGAACCAUCCCAGGUCUUGGAACAAGCAAAUACCAUCUACCAGCUCACACAACAACGCGAAUUUAUGCUUCAUGAAAUUACUGCCGAGCGCUCUCGGUGGACAGCGGAGAGGGACGGUUUUGCGCGAAUGACAGAAGCCUUGAUUUCUCGUCACAGUCGUGGAAAAGACCGCGAAUCUUCGUAUCGUGAAGAUGUAUGUUCAGUAUCACCUGAUUAG